AUGCCAACCAUCACUGAGACAACAUUCCUCACGCCAACAGCCAACGAAAAAACCGUCACCGAGACAACGGUCCUCACACCAACCGCCGCUGAGAAAACCAUCCCCACGCCAACCGUCCCCAUACCAAAACUCGCCGAAACACCAUCCCCACGCAAACUGUCGCUGAAACAACAGUCCCCAUGCCAACCGUCCCCACACCAACCGUGCACAUGUCAACGAUCAACGGUCCCCACACCAACCGUCACCAAGACAACCCUCACCGAGACAACGCCCCCUACACCAAACGUCGCCGAGACAACCGUCCCCAUGCCAACCGUCCCCCAGACAAGGAUCCCCAUGCCAACCGUCGCCGAGAAAACAGUCGCCACGCCAACCAUCGCCGAGACAACAGUCGCCACGCCAACCAUCGCCGAGACAACAGUCGCCACGCCAAUCAAC